GAGAACACCACACUGUGCGCACUCACAGUCACAGCAAAUCUCCACACACAGACACACACAUCUCAGUGUUUUGACUUGAGAGGGACCUCAUUCAGGAAGACAAACUGGAUGUGGAAGACAGAGCAUGAGUCAGCAUUAAAUUCCCUCAUUUCCAAGGAAUCGAUGGAUUCUUUGAUUACCGUGAGAUUCCGUCAGUAAUAUGUGCAAUUUACACUGGUGGAUUUUUUUCCUUUCUCAUCUGUUCUGUCCGGUUUUGUUUUCUUUAUUCAUUGUGCCCUAUGAAGAGAAUUAACUUCCCUCCUUCCAAUCCUAUUGAAAAGGGGGGCAGAAAAAAAACAGAGGGAGAUGAGAGCAGCAAAUCCCUUUUUCAUUCCUCUUGUAGUGCUCAAUAAGAGAAGAAUGUGUCGCCUAUCACUCACGGAGGGGAUCAAGUCUUCCGGACUGUCCCACGCGCUCAAUGCGCUGCUGUGCAGAGCAGAGAUAGACAGAGAGAGCACGUGAGGAGAACAGCAGCAGCAGCGUCCAGCAGCCUAGACUGAAAAGCCACUACAUAGGAGGACUCAUUUAGCAACCUGUUUCCUCUGUCUGAGAGUCUCCUCACCAGAUUCAUUUCAGGCAAUUGCUAUAAAACAGGCUCCUCGUUGCUUUUUCACCUCUCAAGUCCCUCUCUUUGGAAUGUGGUGUGACACAAUGAGGAUCCUCACACUGCUUCUGGGGGUGAAAGCCGCGUGCAUCCUGCUGGUCUCCUCGCUCCCGGGCACGGGAGCAGUCAACAAUAGCGGCCGGUGGUGGGGGAUUGUGAAUGUGGCCUCCUCUGCCAACCUCCUCACCAACUCCAAGAAUGUCCAGUUGGUCCUGGACCCUAGCUUGGCCCUGCUGAGCCGUCGCCAGCGCCGCCUCAUCCGCCAGAAUCCGGGGAUCCUCCACGCUAUCGCAGCCGGCCUGCAUACUGCCAUCCAGGAGUGCAAAUGGCAGUUCAGGAACCGCCGCUGGAACUGCCCGACCACCCACAGCCCGGCAAUAUUUGGCAAAAUCGUCAACCGCGGUUGCCGAGAGACGGCAUUUGUGUUUGCGAUCACGAGUGCGGGGGUGACCCAUGCGGUGGCUCGCUCCUGCUCUGAGGGGGCCAUUGAGUCGUGCACCUGUGACUACCGUCGCCGGGGGCCUGGGGGCCCUGACUGGCACUGGGGCGGCUGCAGUGACAACGUGGACUUUGGCCGGAUGUUCAGCCGGGAGUUUGUGGACUCCAGCGAGAGAGGAAGGGAUCUCCGAUACCUCAACAACCUACACAACAACGAGGCAGGGAGAAUGACAGUGUCGUCAGAGAUGCGGCAGGAGUGUAAAUGCCAUGGCAUGUCAGGGUCAUGCGUCGUGCGUACCUGCUGGAUGCGUCUACCCAGCUUCCGCACCGUGGGGGACUUCCUGAAGGACCGCUUCGACGGAGCCUCCCGGGUCGUCUACGCCAACAAGGGCUCCAACCGCGCCUCUCACCGCGCCGACCCACGUCAUCUCGAACCCGAGAACCCCGCCCACAAACCCCCAUCGUCCAGAGACCUGGUCUACUUCGAGAAGUCGCCCAACUUCUGCUCCUACAACGGCAAGACGGGUACCCACGGUACCUCUGAGAGGAACUGUAACAGCUCGUCUCCGGCGCUGGACGGGUGUGAGCUCCUGUGUUGCGGUAGAGGGUUCAAGACCCAGACUGAGAAGGUCACUGAGAGGUGUCACUGUACGUUCCACUGGUGCUGCCAUGUCAGCUGCCUCAACUGCACCAGCACACAGACGUUACACCAGUGCCUCUGAUCAGGGGUGAACCAGGGGGACAGGGAUGGGGAGGUGAAGAUGAGCUGGUUCUUUGGGUAGGUGGUGUGUAGAUAGAGGAGUAGGGUCCUGUGGGUUGGCGAGGUAGAUAAGGGAAGGUCUAACUCUAUAAAGGGGCAAUUGGAGGGUGAAAAAAAGUGAAUACCGGGAGUACUAGAUAUGAAUCAAAGUACUAGAUAUGAAUCGAAGUACUAGAUUUGAAUCAAAGUACUAGAUUUGAAUCAAAGUACUAGAUUUUAAUCAAAGCACUAGAUUUUAAUCAAUGUUUUUGAGGAAGAAAGAAGAGGGAAAGCACAACUAUGACUACAGGGUGUAGGAAGAGGGCGGGUGUGUUGUGUGUGAACAUGUGUGCUUACGUGUGCUUGCUACUGACACUGUGGUAACGUGAGAGUAUGUAAGUGUGCUUACUGGGUUUUUAAAUGUUGUAGCUAUCCAACCAUGUAGAAUGGAAUGGAAACCAAUCCUCUCUAUGGCUUCCCAGCACGAGUAACAAGACCAGAGGCAGCUUAGGUAAAAGGAAGUAGUUAAACAGGAAAUAGAAUUGUGGCAAGGAAUAAGCAAACAAAAUUAGUCAGAGAGACGCUGCGAUUUAAGGCUUUUGCCCUCUCUGACCUUACAAGAUACAGUUCGUCUCUCUGUUCUCUUCACCUCUUCCCUCUACAGCAAGAGAGAGGAGUGUGGGUAGUGGAGAGAGGAGUGAUGGGAGAGGAGGAGAGAGAUGUGAGGAGGGGACAGGAGUAAGUUACUGGACAAUGUCAGACAGAUGUCUCUGUGGCGGGACAAACACAAGCAUGGUCUCUCAUAAACCGGUGAAGAACUUUAACAAGAGGGUGGUUAUUUUAAACAUCACAGUUUCCCCCCCGUUCUUUUGCUACAGCUACUUUCCUCACAUAAAAUAGUGUGAAGUAUAUCUCUCGGCAUGUGCAGUCCUCUCCCCUAAUUGCUAUGUACUUAGGCCCUGGACGCAAACCAAGCCGUUAUGAUUCCCUGUCGAACUCACCACACAUGCCCUCUUUGUUCAGAUUUCUCUGGAAUCUUCUACACCUCAACCCGGAGUUACCACAGUGAUUUACUGCACCACGGUAACUGACGUUAAAUGACUGGACGUUGUAGGAUAACAGAAAACCGUUAGACAAAAUGUUAUAUCAGCCUGGAAUAAAUUAUAAUAUGUAUGAAUAGUUUUAAUGUAGUAUCAAUACACUGAAUAUUGGAGAGUAUAACUAGAUGUAUGUUUUAGUGUAGGAGAUAGGGGCACUGCAAGAGAACUGGGGUGAACUGCCAAAUAGUGAGACCUGCAGUAUGGCAACCCUGUCCAUAAAAUGGGAACCAGUGCCAAAUAGUGAUACCUGGAGUCAACCUUGCAACCUAUUCUGUUAGCCUAGGAGGUAUACCUAUGUUGACAAAGACUAAAGACAUUGCCCUGCUGUGGCAACAUGUGACAAGUGUGUAAAAUAAUCCAAUAUCUUCCUGUCCAAGUUUACAGUGGACAGACAUAGGUUUUCCCAUUCAAUAUGACCUGCAUCUAGCUGUGUACCAUCAAUUGAGUAGAAAACCUUUAAAGCUGCAAUAUGUCACUUUUUGGGCGACCCAAACAAAUCCACAUAGACAUUUGAGUUAUAGAUAUGUCAUCCUCAUUGAAAGCAAGUCUAAGAAGUGGUAGAGCUGUUCUAUGUGCACUAUUUCUUUGCUUCCCGUGAUUAUAUUUUGCAUCUUUUACUGUUGCGUUUGUACACCUGCUUCAAACAGCUGAAAAUACAAUAUCUUGGUUAUGUAAAAUAUAUUUCACAGCGGUUUACAUGGUACAAUGUUUCUCUACACUAUACUUGCUUGCUUUGCCACAUAAACUGAAAUUAGGUGAACUAUUAGAAUUUUAGCAACCAGGAAAUGGCGGAGCGAUUUCUGCAUAGUGCAUCUUUAAUAUAAGGCCACUACAAAGGGAAAUGUAUUGUAUAUCAGCUCAGAAAACCAAAAUGUAAAUAAUAUAUAUAGAAAUAUAUAUUUAUUCUGAAGUUACUUGCAAUUUGAGGGAAGAAUGAUUUAUGCACCUGUUAUAAUCCAAUGGAUGGAAGGAGAGAAGAUAUGCUAUCAUUAGUCAUGUCAGAUCAUGAUUUUAUUGAACUGUUAUUUUGUUUAUUUCCAUUCAUGAAGAUUACGCAGAUUUGUCGAGGGUGGGAAACAGAAUUUGUUCGAAAAUUAGCGAAACAUUCUUCUUUCUUCCCUGCAAAUAAAGGGCAAUUCCAUCCACUUUUCAACCUAAUUUUCACUAUCUCCAGCACAAUAACGAUGUCUAUGUAUGUUAAAACGGCGAUAUCCUACGUUUUGUAGAAACUAAUAGAGUUGAAAAAGUUCUACCUGAUGACAUCAAAAGUUUUAAAAACAUUUUAAAACAGUGAUUUUCAAACACUACGAGAUUCGUGGUGACGUGGCCUGAAACUCAUAGCAGGUUUUGAAAAUCACUGUUUUUCUUACUUUUAAUCCUAGCCUGUGAUGUCACAAUAUUUUUUUAGGAGAUUUCUUCUUAAGCAUGGAUCUCAGAAAUGCACUGUUUUCACAUAUGUCGACACUGGUAUGAUGCUGGUGAUAAUGAAUGUGAUGUUGAAAAGUGGCAAAAUUGCCCUUUUACACCUGUUUUUGUCAUGCACUGAAUAUUACCAUUCUGGUUUAUGUAAAUACAAAAAUAUUUAUUACUGUGGAUGUUUUAUACUGUUAUAGAGAGAAAGAGUAAAACAAAGAAUUAUAGAUCUUGUUCCUCAAAGAUUUAGCUUUACGUUGUUUUGUAUAAUAGAACAAUAAAGUUUAUAUUUUCAAUUAA